ACAUUUCAAAAUGGAAAAUGGAGCUUGCAGUUUGCCACUUGUAGACUCUAAUUUAUUACACACACAAAAACAAUGACCAUUUCCCACAUGGAAUUCCUUAUCCUCAGAUCUGAGUCACUGCACCACUAUGACAAAAAAGCCUCAUAGCUGAUAUAAACUUGUACUGCAUAACAGCAUAACAGAUGGCGGCUUCCAUACUGAAUGCUAUGGCCAGAUAAACUGCAAGUUUUCUGUGCUUUCUUCACUACAGUAAAACCACUCUCUUUCAUCGUGUGCUCAUCUGCCUCAUUGUCUGAGAGCAUCAUCAUUAUAAUCAGUUAUAAACAAACACGGCUUGAUGAAUGAUGCUGUUGUGAUACCUUUGCAGUAUUUACUCGCCAGGCACAAUGAGAGGCAGCAUUUCUCCUGCAGACUAAACCGUGACUUUCCACUCUCAUUCCGGUGUUGUCACUUUGAGGGGAGAACACAAACACACCCAGGCUGCAAAGAUGCAAAGGGAGGAGACAGAAGAUCGCUUGUUUAUGUGCCGCUGCGGCCAUCCUUGCGCUGCCGAAGCAGGAAUGUUGUGAAUGAGUGAGGCAGCAGGGCAGCUGAGUGAGACUAACAAGUGGUUGCCAUGCAGCAGGAGCGUGUGCGUUGCGAUUGGGAGAGAUAAGAAAUCGAGAAACAGAAUGAUAAUGAGCAGGAGGCAGCAAGUAAGGCGGCACGAGGAUGAGCAGUAGCAUCCCUGAGAAGAGACGUAUCUCGGGUUGAGCUCCCCCUACCCUACUCGCCGCUCCUCUAUUGCCUCCUUCCUUUUUGGAUUUUUGUUUUGGUAAGAAACUAGCCUUCAAACAUGCUAAUAGUGGUAGGUUUCAUGGACAUAUUUGUGCGGCGUCUGAGAGGGAGGACCUCUGCAGAAGAUGUGCUAUCAACAGGUCUGUGAAUGGCACCAUAAUGACGGUAACAUGCAAGCAGUGACCCAGUCAGAGGAGAGAUGAGGCACCUAGAAGUUGAUUUACAAUGUGUAGCGUCCACUACAACCACUCCCUGGCUGCCAUGAGCGGAAACGACAUGAUGGCGCACUCUCUGACUCUGGAACAGAAGACGGCGUUUGCCUUUGUGGGGAUGCUCCUCGUGUUCCUGGGACUGCUGAUAGUGAGGUGUUUUAGGAUCCUACUGGACCCCUACAGCAGCAUGCCGUCCUCUAACUGGGCAGACGGCAUCGAAGGGCUGGAGAAAGGGACGUUUGAGUAUGCCUUGACUUAACACAGGGGGACAGACAUCCAUAGAUGUCCUCAAAAACCUUGAUUAUUUUAGGCUUUCACAUGCAUUCAGUAAGUCACUGAUGGAACACCCAUACAAACAGAAACACAGGUCAUUGUUGCUUACUUGACUAGAGCUGGAAACUUAGGUUUCAAUCAAGUGCAACUAAAGAGAAUUUGGUUGAUAUCCGAAGGUGAAUACUUUCCAUGGGGAUCACUUCGGUACAGUAGUUCAUAUUUAGUUUCAGAGUCAACAUUAUGUUGUUUUGCAGAUUAUCCGUGCAUGUGGGAGGUGUGGUCUACAUCGGCCUGCAGUAAAAUGUGUGUAUACGUGUCAGGUUAAAAAGUGAGAUUUGGUUGUUUUAAAGACUAUGCGACAGAAUGAUGCUUCUUUCUAAUUAUUUUAUGUUCUCAACAAACCUGCAAUUUUGCAAACUUUACAUUCUGUUCGUUCAUUCCCAUCCAAAGUGUUAACCUUUGAGCAUUUGUAGAAGUUUGGAACCAACAUGUCAGUGAAGGCCCAAUGAAGACAAAAGUAUUUGGUCACCUGCCUUGACAUGCAUUUGAUCUUUUGCGGCAUCCCCUUCUUAAUCCAUGGGCUUUAAUGUGACGUUGCGCCUCAUUGUGCAGCUCUAACAGCUACAUCUCUCAUGGGAAGCUUUUCCCCAAAGUUCAGAUAUGCGCUUGACUAUUUUUUUUUCAUGGUGCACAUUUCUGAGGUCACACACUGAUGUUGGACGUCAUUAUCGAAAAUAUUGUCCACCUAGUUCCAGUGAAAG